UACUACCCCUCCUCCCCCUCUAGACAUCAACCAAAUUUCUUCAUGAGAGCUUUUUCAAUGCUCAUAUCGAUGAGCUCGUCAGGUCAGACGCACACUGGAAAUGUCGACGGAACACGCCGCGGAGCUCGUCAAUGCUCUCAAAGACAUCAAGGAGACCCUAGCUGCACAAACCGAGCACUUGAAAACAAACUCGUUGCUGCUCCAAGCGCUCCUAGAACUGAACCAAAAGGAAGUGGGGAAGAGGACGGACGCUGAGCAGCGUGUGAAUAAUGAAGCAACAAAACCUCCGGACGUUAAAGUUGAGGCCGAUCAGGAUAGUGGUCAACGAGAACAGCCCCGGAACAAGUCACGCGCUCUCUACGCCGACGCGCCACCUAACUUUACAUUAACGUGGGAACUAACUGGAAAGGAUAGAGAGACUCACCAUGACAAAGAGUGGUAUCACUUUGAGGACCACAAGGACAAAGAGUGGUAUCAUAUUGAUGACCACAAGUUGACAACACCGCGACCUCCGCCAUGCCCGCCAGAGGAAAUGCACCUGAGUGGGAAUCUCUAUGUGCCCUAUUCUCAUAGCAGGACACGACGAUCAUAUAAGAGCCGUGAAAUGGAACUUACCGCAGAAACGACGGGGCUCGGGAGUCAUGCUGAGACUAUAGUAGAAGCACUGAACAACCUGUAUUCCGUACCCGCAGACGCGAGACUUCCCCUGUGCUUUGAGCCGCUGUCGCUCCGGCGCAUGAAAGUAACUGGAGAGCUGGAUGAAUACCUUAUCAAGGCCACUCAGUUCCUGAAAGACUUACGCCAAGCCUCUGGCACUUUCAUAAUUUGGGACUAUGAUACUCUCGGCAACCACUUUUGCUAUUACCCGUCUGACCUAGGCUGGAUUGACAGAAAAGCAUGGGUUGCUCGGCGUCCCGCUGUCGUUCAGUAUCGGUUGCUCAUAAACAGGCACCAGGGCGAUGAAAGGUACUUCAAAUUGAUACCCGUGAAGAUAUACCGUGAGCAUUACAGGUUACGGGCAAGCCGUGAACAUUGGCAAGCCACUGAUUGGGCUGCACGUUCUCAAAAAUACCUUCGUGUGAGAGCGCAUCUCUCGAGCCAGGGUUAUUUGGGAUUUGAUGAGCCUCAAACAACUAGGCCCUGGUACCGCAUAAUCGACGUCAAUGGACUUGAGUGCAUUGGCGGGGCUGACGUGGCUCGCACAUUCGUCCAGACUUUCCUCACUUCCAGACUCAGCCCUGCAUUGAGAAUUGAUUCCACAGAAUCAGGCUUGACAUUGGUUGACCAUCUGCUGAUAGCUGUCUCACAACAUUUGAAAGCGGACCCUCUUUGGGGUGCUGCAAUCAGGACAAAAGGGCAAUGGGACACGUUUCACAUCUCGUGGUAUCGCGCGUCUCCCAAACCUUACAAAUCAUCUUGGGGACAUGGCCCUCUGUAUGUGGAGGAAGGGUCCUUUCUCAGCCGCCAAUCAUUCAGUGUCACAAUAUACUGCUCCAAUUACGAUGCGCCUAGCACUGGGGACUGUGGCCCAUAUUGGACCAUGCUCGUUCUGCCUCCGCCUCAUUUCUAUACUCUGCCCGGGGAAAAGGGGGAAUCCUUCUGGAAUUCGUCGGUCUGUCUACGGACUGGGGUCUUGGAUUUCAUAGACCGUGCUUUGAAACAAGCUGCCACAGACUGGGCGGGACUCGAUCCUUAUUUCGACCAGCUUGACGCGAAGCGUGAGCUCAUAUUCGACCCGGGAAAACACGACAGCCUUCUAUUUGACGAUAGGCACUUUACGCAAUCAAGGUUAUACUUCUGGGCCAUCAAUAGCCUUGGAAGAUUUAUCCAGGAUAUCGACUUUACGAUUGAGCGAUGGGAGACUUUUUGGGGAGAGAACGAAGACAACUUUCGCAGAACCGAGAAACAUCUAGUGACUGUGAACGAGCAGGCCAAAGUCAAGGGCUGUAAAAACGUACGAGGCGUUGUUCACAAGAGUGUUGAUCAACUUCGUGCUUCCAUUCUUUCACGGAUCCAAAGUCUAAGGAACACUCGACAAGGCUUCGAAUCCAGAAGGCAGAAGAUCAUCGAGUAUAGAGAUGGGCUCUUCAACGCAAGCAGUGUCAUUGAGACUCGGGAAGCGACGAGACUGAGCCAAAAUGUCAAGCUAUUGACCUUUGUCAGCAUCUUCUACCUACCGCUGGGCUUUUGCAUGUCGAUGUGGAGUAUCAACGAGAACUAUAACGCAAACCAUCUUGUCGCUGUCACCAUAUGCAUCGGGUUAGCAACCUACCUGGUGGUUGCGAACCUCGAAACAACAGUCUAUUCCAUUCGAUGCGGUCUGUCACUGUUAGCUGAAGCACCUAGGCAGCGUUUAGUAAGGAAGAUGAUGGAAGAGAGGGGCACUCGAUGGAGCUUCCUGGGCCGGGAGUUGUCAAGAGUUCAACCGAGCAGGGAGGACGCGAAGCCGAGUGAAUGGCUUGUCGUUGGGUACUGGCUCGUGACCAUAUACCGCAGCUUUAAGAGCUUCCGCAGUACGGAACAACCUCUCGCCGAGCUGGACGCAGAACAGAACAACGCUACUAGAGAGGCCCCAACAUCCAGAAACCCAAUCAACCUCUUGAAGAGACUUCGGCCUCGUCCAGACAAGGACGUUGAGAAAGGAAACCCGCCGACAGAGAAUGUCACCACUUCCCUUGCAGGGCAGGACACAACAUCGGCUUCUGAACCAGAAGAUACCCCUCCCCUAUAUAUGUAAAACCUCACUCCUUGCAAUACAAAAACAAAU